GUUUUUCUCUGUCCCACUUCAUUUUAUUUUCUCUCUUUUUUCCAUACGAGGCGGUUCUCUCUUUAUAAAUACACAUCCAAUGCACCGCUUUUGCUCUCAUUCACCACCAAUAUCAAGCCCCUUCCUCUGUUUUUCCCCUGUUUUCCCCCUGUUUCCUUCUUUUACCUCAACAACAACCAUGGUGGUGCUGGCGCACGGAGAGCUAGAGCAAAUCUCUCUCCCAGUGGUGCACAAACCCACCAACUUCUUCUCCGAUGUCCCGGUCAUCGACCUCUCCGAUCCCGAGUCGAAAGCGCGGCUCAUCGGCGCGUGCGAGGAGCUCGGGUUCUUCAAGGUGACCAACCAUGGGAUCCCAAUGGAGCUCAUGGCUAAGUUGGAGGACGAAGCAUUGAGGUUCUUCUCAUUGCCACAGGUCGAGAAGGAGCUCUCUGCUUCUUCCCCAGGGCCUUUCGGCUACGGGAGUAAGAAAAUCGGGGGAAAUGGUGAUCUGGGCUGGGUGGAGUACAUCCUUUUGGAGAUCACAUCAAAGCCUAUUUCUCAUUCCUCAUUAUCCUUUCUUAAGGAACCCUCAGCAAGCUUGUUCUGCUCGGUCUUGAAUGAGUACAUCACUGCUGUGAGAAAACUAGCUUGUGAGGUGUUAGAAUUAAUGGCGGAGAGCCUGAAAAUUCAACCAAAGAAUGUGUUCAGCAAAUUGGUCACGGAUUCGGAGAGCGACUCGAUGUUGCGGCUCAACCACUACCCGCCAUGCCCACACCUUCAAGGCCUGGAUUGUGGCUUGACUGGGUUUGGAGAACACACUGACCCCCAGAUUAUAUCUUUGCUGAGGUCCAACAACACCUCAGGAUUGGAGAUUUCACUGAGGGAUGGGAGUUGGGUCUCUGUUCCUCCUGAUCAAAGCUCUUUCUUCAUCAAUGUUGGCGAUUCAUUGCAGGUUCUGACAAAUGGAAGAUUCAGGAGCGUAAAACACCGGGUUCUGGCAAACAGUGCGCAAUCGCGGGUGUCGAUGAUAUACUUCGGGGGACCGUCGCCGAGAGAGAGGCUGGCGCCAUUGCCGCUGUUGAUAGAAGAAGGGAAGCAGAGCCUCUACAGGGAGUUCACAUGGUGCGAGUACAAGAGAUCUGCAUACAAAACAAGGUUGUCUGAUAAUAGGCUUGGGCAAUUUGAAAUGUGAGGGAAAAAGUUCAUGUAGUUAAAUUUCAGAAAAAAGAAAGCAAAGUAAGUAGGUUUUGAAAAGAGGAGGUCUCCAAAGUUUAGUUGCUAAGUGCAGUUGCCAAAGAUGGAAACAUAGAGGUUCUUUUAAUUUACUCUCUCUCUCUCUCUCUUUUAUUGGUUUUUUUGCUUCCUUUUUUUGCCCCCUCUCUUUCUCUCUUCCUUUCUUGUGUCUAAUUACACUGGUUCCUUUCAUGCAAUGGAAGUUUCUUUUGAAUA